CGCGGACAGUCGGCGCGCGGGCCGGGCCGGGCCGGCGCCCCGUCACCCUUGCUCGCCCGCGUCGCCCCGGAAUCCGGGGGAUGCCCCCGGCCGGGGCCCCCCAUGGCCGCCGACGUCUUCAUGUGCUCCCUGCGCCGGCCCCGCAGCCGGGGCCGCGCGGUGCUGCUCAAGCCCCAGGUGCCCGAGGACGACGACGACUCGGACACGGAUGAGCCGUCUCCGCCGCCCGCCUCCGGCGCGGCCACCCCGGCCCGGGGCCACGCGAGCGCCUCGCCACUGCCGCCCAGGGCCGGGUCGGGCAGCGAAGAGCCUCCGCGCCGCCAGCAGAUCAUCCACAGCGGCCACUUCAUGGUGUCGUCGCCGCACCGCGAGCACCCGCCCAAGAAGGGCUACGAUUUCGACACGGUCAACAAGCAGACGUGCCAGACCUACAGCUUCGGCAAGACCAGCUCCUGCCACCUGUCCAUCGACGCCUCGCUCACCAAGCUCUUCGAGUGCAUGACCCUGGCCUACAGGGGACACGGGUUCGAGCCCAGGUCCGUGAAGAUCCCACAUGCCGCGGAGCCGCUAAGCCCUAGUGCCACAAUUACUGAGCCCAAGUGCCACAACUACUGAAGCCCACGUGCCGAGCUGGUGCUCUGCAACAAGAGAAGCCACCGCAAUGAGAAGCCCGCUCACCACAACAAAGAGUAGCUCCCGCUCGCCGCAACUAGAGGAAAGCCCGCGCGCAGCCACAAAGACCCA